UCGUAUUACAACGACCCACUGGAGCACGCAUGGCACCUGCAAAUCAUGCGAUUUCUUAUCGAGAGCGGCAUGGCGUUCAACUACGUGAAGCUUGAGAGUUUCAAACGCAUGUUGACAAUGAUCAUCCCACCUGGGGUUCCCGGGUUGCCCACCCCGAAACCCCCGACAUAUCACAUGAUCCGUACCUCGCUUUUGGAUGAGCUUGAUGCGGAAGUUCAAAAGUGUGUGAAACCCGUCCUUGCUACUUCGGCAACCUACGGAUGCACGAUCAUGACAGACGGUUGGACCAACAUUCRGGGCCAAACGUUGUGCAACUACCUCGUCGGGACCAYRCGGGSCGYGACAYACGUCGCGACAGAUGUCAUGCGAGGAAAGAAGGAUGCCGCCGCUCUGGCGCAGGCUUGGCUGCGAAGGUUGAAGUCCCUUGACAUCAAGCUCGCAGACAUCACCGUGUUCGUCACAGACUCGGCUAGUUCCAACGUUUCUGCGAUGGAGGUGUUCCAGAAGGAUGAGAGUGUUAAGCACAUCUUCUGGAUUCCUUGUGUGACGCACGUCAUGGACCUCAUCCUGAAGGACAUCGGCGGCAUUCAGUGGGUGGCGACCCGCAUUGCUCAGGCGCGGGUGGUCACAAAGUUUUUCAAGCGCCAUAGCCAUGCUCGCGAGGUUUUGCAAUCUUUCUCGACGGCAACACUGUUGCUUCCUGCCGAGACUCACUUCGGCACGCAUGUCAUUAUGAUGCGGCGGCUUCUUAGGUUGCAAUCGCAUCUCAUGAGGGUGGUGAUCGACGAUUGGUGGAAGGACACUGUUUGGGCGACGAAGAAGAUUAGAGACGCCGCCGCGGAGGUCACAGCAUAUGUCGGUUGUCCUCGGUGGUGGGAGGAUAUGACAGCGUUGUGCAAGUUGUUGGAUCCCAUCAUGGACAUGCUGCAGAUGGUGGACAGCGACACGAGGCAAAUUGGCAAGAUUUUGCGUCGGUACGACGAGAUGAUCGUGCGUUAUUUGUCAGCAUGUGCCUCGUUUGACAGGGAUGAGCAGGACGCAGUUCUCGAAGUGUUUAACAGACGCCGCACAAUGUUCAAGUCGCCUGCUCAUAUUGCUGCCAUGAUGUUGGAUCCCGAGUUUCGAGAGCGCACGAUGCCAGACGACGACGAGAUGCAGCAGGGUUUGAAAGUCGCUCUUGAGUUGUUGCACGCUAGAGAAAGGAUGCGUGCCGUGUCCCGCAUGGGAGCCACUCGUCGUUUGCGAGAGUCAGAUAGGAGGAGACGUUGUGGAGGUGGUCGCGGAGGUGGUCGUCGGGCCGGUCGUGGGCGAGGCGGGCGUGGAGGUCCUGACGGGAGGAGGUGUGUCGCGAGUCGUGGAGUGACGGCGGACCAGCUUGUACGCAAGCCUCGCCAGCGAUGGGACGAGGGAGACUUUUUGUACGAGAGCUCGUCGAGUGACGAUGAGGAUUUCUUCGGCAGUGGCACGCUUGCACAGGAUGGCGACAACGAUUUCGACGACCAUCACCCGGACAAGGAUGACGAUGACGGCUCCGGAGGCGAUGAUCGUGGUGAUGGGGGAGAUCGGCCACGACCCCGCUCGACACGGAGAGACGACGAUAGAGGGCUUGACGAGGGAGCGAGACAUUGCUGUGUUGAGGGUGACGCUGAUGCAGGGAGCGGUGUAGUGGCCUCGAGACCUGCAGACGGUGACACCAUGGACGUCCAGGGGGCGGGAGGCGAGCACCGCACAACCUCGGACAGGGUGCGAGAUGGAGCCACUGAUGGUGGUGCAGGACUCGUGGACGGCAGUGGCUUGAGGCGCUUGAAGCGCGGACCCAGGGAACGAGACACUAUCGCUUCCCGUGUGCGCAGACGUCAUGGCGGGGUUCUCGACAUUCCAAAAGCAGCAGUCCCUCAACUUGAGCAGAUUCCUGUUUUAGAGGACUCUUUGAGCGACCAUGCCGACGAGGAGCGGAUGGAGGUGAUUAACGGGACCGGUCAUGCCGGAAGUGACACUUUCAGUAUGCACGCGACAACUCCGACGGGGUCCUCGACAGCAAUCCAGGAAUCGGAAUUGGGUCUGGGACCGUUGAUGUGUCAUCCCGAGUUGAAGGGAGACAACGGUGUUCUCCCGGUGAUGGACGACGAGGGUUCUGCUCAUUCAAUGCAUCAGCUCACUUCUGCUGGAGCGCCUGCAUUGUCAGUUGUAGCAACCUCCGAUGUGCGACUACCACCGUCAGUGGCGGAGCGAGAGACUGUGCCGCUGACUCCCAGUGCUUUGGAUGAUCAUCCCGAUGUAGGCAUGGAGGGGGUUGAGAGGCAUCCACCAAGCACACAGGGAGCCGAUGCAGUUGACACUGUGUCGCGACCACCGCGUGCAUUGACGGAGGGGACUGCUGAUGUGUGUCUAGGUGACGAUCUCCCGGACGUGGUCGUCUCACGCACUCCCACCGAUGAGCAUAUCGCCGUUGCCCUUGUCGGCCUGGAGUGCCCCACCGGCAGUCUUCCUGGUACCGCCGAUUUACUGGCCAUGGACUCGGCGCUCGCCUCGCUCCCGGACUUGUCGACGUUGAUAUCUCCGGGUCUGCCCCACGUGCCAACGCCCAACCUGCAACAGCCCGUCGCCAUGGAACGCGCACCAGGCACGUUUGACGAGUUUGAAGGCGAUACGAUUGUUUCUGCCACGCCCACGAUUUUUCGUGUUGGCAGGCCACAUGAGGUGGACCUUGGGAAGGUCGAGACGGCUACUCGACAUCACCGCGGCGGUCACCGCAGCAUCGCACACCGCAGUUUGUCCGAUUCCUUUGGCGUUCCUGAGGGAGGGUGUGUAGGCGGGGCAGAUGACGCAGCCGGCAGAUCAGCAAGACCCUCAAGUCCGCCGUUGAGAUCAGAGCAUCACCCCGUUAGCGGUACUUCCGGCGAAGUUACGGGCGUCCCCGCCACGGACACGAUGGGCCCCACACGACAGCCUGCGGUCGGGUCCUCGUCGAUAGCAUGGCGCGACAGAGCCACUGUUUUGCCGACAGUGGCAUUCUAUGCCACUGAGGUCCGUGCUGGGGGGUUGGAUGAGCCGGGAGCCCGGAUUGCAGGCAGACCCUCCGCACCUUGUAUGGGGACACGAUCCAUCAGGAGUGUCGACGGUGCUCGCCACACCGCCAUGUCAGAGUAUGAGGACCGACAUGGAGCGCCUUGCCGACGAAGACCUUUGAUGCCCAUGAUACGAGGGCCGCGAAGGCGAGUCUUUCUCGAGAGAGGAAAAAGGCUUCGGAAAGGAAGGCGUCACGCUCGUCGCCACAUAUGCGAUCCCACAUUGGGCGAUUCGGUGUUGCGCCUCUCGAGGACGGAGAGAUUGCACCUGAUGGCGCUGCGUUGGAUGUUGGAGAGAGGCCUGCGGGGGCGGACAGCGUCUGCAGGGAGGGUGCAGGCACUGUAGGACAUGCAGUGGCAGGUCAGAAGAGACGUGGCAGUGUACUUAUCGUCCACGACGACAGCACGGAUGUC